AUGACUUGUGAAGCUCCUAAGGAGGCAUGGGACAAGUUGAAAGAAGAGUUCCAUGGUAGUGAUAGGACCAGAAAGAUGCAGGUAUUGAAUCUUUUAAGGGUUUUUGAAGGUUUGAAAAUGAAGGAUGAGGAAACCAUUAAAGAGUUUUCAGAUAAGGUCUUGAAGGUUGUGAACCAGUUGAGGCUUCUUGGUGAAGACUUGUUAGAGAAAAGAAUCGUUAACAAAGUCCUUCAAAGUCAUGUUGAAAAGGUGUGUAAGAACAAGGAUGCAAAAGCCGGAGAAAAUGCUACUGUAGCGGAGCAAAAAGAUGGAGCAGAAGAAUUUCUUUUCAUGGCAAGGAAUCCAGGAAACUCUGCUAAGAAAGAAAUAUGGCUUAUCGAUAGUGCCUGUUCCAACCACAUGAUUGGAGAUGAAUCUCAGUUUUUGACACUAAACAGAAACUAUAAGUCAACUGUGCAGAUAGGGAAUGGUGAUUUACUACAGAUUUGUAGAAAGGGAACAGUUACAGGUAUUAAGUCUAUUCCCAAUGUUCAUUUUGUGCCAGAUGUUAAACAGAAUUUAUUGAGUGUGGGUUAG